CCCCUGGGCAUGGGGAGGGGGAGGAGACAGUGAGGUGAAAAUAUUUGGAACACAGCAGGGCUGGGCAGCAAUGCGUGCAGUAAAUCAGCGUGGCAUACCAUAGUAACAGUGUGUCAUGGAGCAGCGAGGGACGGACAUAAGGAAACGGCACGUUGCAGUUAUUAACAUACACUCCUGCGGGGGGGGGGGGGGGGUGCGCUGAGCACGCACUCCUCGCCACACGACUUUGGGAACACUUUUAAUGUUGACGGCAGGUGCGAGCGCAGGCUGGGGGGGGGCCUAACGAGGAGCCUGGGAUCGAGAGCUCCGCCCCAGCGUCUGAGCUCCGUCCUCCACCUCCUUCCAUGAAUAUGGAUAUGAAUACAGGUGCUUUCAUCUCAGCUCUCGUGCUUCGGGAACCGAUUCCGGAAGCUCCUCCGUCACACGGCGGAUUCGCACCUCGGGCUCCAACUGCUGGUGACGCGUCAGUGACACACUCGAGUCGUGGUGCGAGCAAACGGAACGCUGCAGGGGAAAGGAAGUUCGGUUCGGUUCGGUUCGGUUCGGUUCGGGUCGGAGCCCCGUAAGUUCCUCGUACACACCCGUGUGUUCUCGCGCUUCCCCCAAAAAGCGACUUACCCUGGUUUACUGCACUGCUCUUGAAGAGCAGGGAAACCGGGCCAAGCCCACAUCUCGGACGUACCAGGACGCCACCUAAUGGUGCGCACUGCGGGCUCGUGAGUGACGCACUUCCGGUGAGUGACGCUUGCAAAACACCCGAUCGCUGAGGAGGAACAGGGGACGUGUACGGCUCAUGCGCAUGCGCAUGCCACCGCCAUGGCUGCCCGCGAAGGAGACGAGUUGGCGCGGUGGGGCAAACAUGGACAAGUGGGCGUUCCGGAGACACGCGCUUCGUCUCAGGUGCCUCGGGACCGCUAACGGGCGUUUUUGGCACGGAUACCGGGCACGCGCACUCGGCUCGCGCAGCUCCGAGAGGGCCGAGCGAGCGAGCGGGCACGCGCGCGCGCGCGACUGAUGAUGAUGAUGAUGGCGGCGCUGCUGCAGCUGCCCGAGGACGCGCUCUACCUCGUGCUCUCCUACCUGGACUGCGUCUCGCUCGGCCGCCUCUCCCAGGUGUGCCGCGCGCUCUACGUGUUCACGAAGCGCGACGCCGUGUGGAGGACCGUGGCGAGACAGUGCCUCCACUCCGGGCUCACGCGCCCCGGCGCAGACCUGUACCCCGAGAUCCCUCUGAAGGAGCGCGUGAAGGUGUCCCGUAACUGGGCGCGAGGACGCUGCACGAGUGAUGCUCUGCUCAGGUGGAGGACCAACCUGUUGCCAUGGAUACAGCUGGAGAGGGACAUGCUGUACCUGUCCCAGGCGGCGGAAAUUAGGGCGUAUCAUCUUCGCACCAAUGGCAGGAGGCUCCACAAGCCCCUGGCAGUCUUCUCCGGGCACCAGGAAGAUGUGUGCCAAUUUGUUGUGACAGACACGCACCUUAUCAGUGCCGGAGGAGAUGGGAAGAUCAUUGCUCGACACAGGUGGAGCCCCCUUGUGGUGGAGUACUGCGGGCACAUGCAGGAGGUGAACUGCAUCGACUGCCUUGGCCGGGUCAUGGUCAGCGGCUCCAGGGACCGCACUGCAAGGGUGUGGACGCUGUCAUCAGAGCGACUUGGCGAAUGUGCACAUACGAUCGCGACCUACGACAGGGUGUGGUCUGUGGCCAUCAGCCCGUCUCUGAGCUCAUUUGUUACGGGGACGGCAUGCUGUCAGAACUUCGCCCCUCUCCGCAUGUGGGACACGGAAAGGGGGCAGCUGGUGACACACCUGGGCGGACCGUUCCGGCGUGGUGCCGGAGUCCUGGAUGUCACCUUUGAGUCCCCCGUCCUACUGCUCAGCUGUGGCUAUGACACCUACAUCCGCUACUGGGAUCUCCGAGCCAGCUCCAGGAAGUGUGUCAUGGAGUGGGAGGAGCCACAUGACAGCGCUCUCUACUGCCUGCAGAGCAAUGGGAGUCACAUGAUCGCCAGCGGCUCUUCCUACUACGGGGUCGUCCGCCUCUGGGACAAGCGGCAUGCUCGCUGUUUACAGUCCUUCCAGCUCUCAUCCUCCACCAGCAGUCCAGUGUACUGCCUGCGCUUCAAUGCCUCCCACCUGUAUGCUGCCCUGGCUACGACACUCUGUGCACUGGACUUCAGGGGUCCGGUCAGCAGGUCCGGGAGAUGACAGCCUCGGAGACGAGGCCACAGCAGCCACCUCACUUCCUGGCGCACUGUAAGCACGAGUUCCAUUGAACCCCGUGUGCUGCGUUCAGAGCGUCUCCUUGUCUUGCUCCUGAACAUAUGUGGACUGCUGUUUUUUUGAGGGCUGGAGCCUGUGCCUAUUAGGGUGGAGUCUAUCUUUUGGGGGCGGAGCCUGUGUCCCAUGGUCUCUCGAAGACUGCGUUGUAUCAAGCUGAGUUAUAAGCGGUGGUGUUUUAGCCAGAUGGAGCAUUUACCGGAGUGGACAUGAGCUGAGCUUUGGGCCUCGCACUGUGUGUCGUUCUCCAGCUGACAGCGAAAAGGGCCCCACCAUUGUACUGCGGAGCAGGUGCUGCUGCAGACCUCCAGAGCUCCACCCCUCCAUGUGCUCUCUCGUCCCCUUUUUCAAUAAAGGAACGUGUGCUUGUGUGUCUGCGUGUUGCUUUGUCACCACAGCGUUAACCCAUGUUAACAUUGACCAGUCAAGGAGCGGCGCUCAAUCUGCAGCAUCCGCUGUCUAACAUGGUUAAACAGUAAACAGCUGUGGACAAAGGAGCCAGGACAAAUGAAGGGUGAUGAAAGGUAAAAUGAUUAGAUGUGUGCUACUCCCAGUGUCAGGGUGUUUUUCAGAAAGGGAACAAAUGUGUGAGUGUGACUGUGUGAGUACCUUCUCUACAGUGAUACAUGGAAGAGCUUCAGUGAUGUUCUGGAGCUGUUUUGCUGCUGCUGGCACUGGGCACCUUGGAUGUGUUCCUGGCAUCAUGAUGCCAGGCGAGCUCUGAGGCAGGAAGCUGGGUCUCCACUGAAGGUCACGGGUCUUCCAGCAGGACAAUGAGUCUAAACACAGUUGAAAAAGCACCCAGCGUGGUUCAAGACCAAAACACUGGACUGGUCCGAAGUGGCUGAUGGUGCACCUGGCUCUCCAGCUCUACGUCCUGCAGAGAACCUGGAACCUGCCCCACGUGAGGGACCGAUUUGCACCAGGAGAGGCGCUGACACUUUCUCUCGUGGUUUUGAGCAAAGGCUGAGUUUUGCAGUUUGGGUUAGACCCCAAUAGAGGCUGUGUGAGGAAGGCAGGGUUUGGGAAGGGGGCGAUCACACUCCUGUCAGGGCCAUAAAGAGCUAAACUGUCGCGGAAAGGAAGAAACGACCCGUAUGACCUCGUCUUCACGUGCCCUUUCAAAGGGUUCUGUUCCAGACUUCCUUUGCUGGAGCUCAAGGGCAGAACUCUCCACAGCACCGUGAAGUGGUUCCGUGACCUGUGGGGGCCUCGCUGAGAGGAUGAGAAGCUGAGAUCCGACCGAAACCGAUCCUCGGGGAACUGUGAUCAUGUAGAGCAACGCAGAGACAAACGAAGGCAGAAAGUAAGAGCACUGUCAGACCCCUCCUGCAUUCUGAGCAAAGAGGAGAAGUCUGAGUACUCACCUUUGUUUUACAGCAGAAAUACCGCAGCAGGAGAAGAUCAUAGUCAAGUACAGACGAGUUGUGCCGGAGCUCCGUGGCACUCUGGGCUGCUCUUGGUUCCCACUGCAGCUCCUCACAUCCCCCACCUACUAUCAGGCUUCGUUCCUACAGUCAUCCUUUGAUGCGUCUCCUCCGGAGAAGCUCAGCAGCACUGCCAUCUACAGGAACUGCAGGAGCAGCACCACCAUCUGCUUUUAUCUGAUGCUUUUCUCCGAAGCCACUUCUAGUGAACGCUAUGUAGAGUUAACAGCCCGCACCUUAUUCACCAGGGUGAUUGACGCAGCUAGAUCCACUACUUACAAUGAGCCACUG